UUUCUUUCGGUUAACAAUUCUCGUUUCUGUGAUGUUUCUGUGGUAUUUGUAACGUGUUCUCUACGCAUGUCCUUAUAGAUUCCUUUGAGCCGUUUCCUGUAACGAUAGUUACUUAGUUGGACGACAUUUUGUUAGUCCUUUAGUGCUUUCGCGUGUGGUGUUGUGUCAAAUGCCGUAGGCCAACAACCCACCAAACCCAAAAAAAAGUGAAUAAUUUUCCAAAAACACAAAAAAAAAUCAAAAGUAUUUAUGAAAAUCCCAAAAAAAUCGUAAAAUAGUUAUAAAAAUAAGUGAACGAUAAUAUUGAAUAUUUUCGUGUAUACGGAGUAAUUGGUAUUAGUGCAAGGUUGUUCCAAAGCUUGGAAAAAUGAAUGCGGGUGCCCCCAACUACCCCAUGGCGUCUCUGUACGUCGGGGAUUUACACACCGAUAUUACCGAGGCUAUGCUCUUCGAGAAAUUCUCUACUGCAGGCCCUGUAUUAUCUAUUCGCGUUUGCAGGGAUUUGAUAACCCGUCGUUCUUUGGGCUAUGCUUAUGUAAAUUUCCAACAACCAGGAGAUGCUGAAAGGGCCCUAGAUACAAUGAAUUUUGAUUUGAUUAAGGGACGCCCGAUCAGGAUUAUGUGGUCUCAACGCGACCCCUCUCUUCGUAAAUCUGGGGUUGGUAACGUAUUCAUCAAAAACCUUGACCGUUCAAUUGACAACAAAGCUAUGUACGAUACUUUCUCUGCUUUUGGGAACAUUCUCAGCUGUAAGGUUGCUCAAGAUGAAAAUGGCACUAGUAAGGGUUACGGUUUCGUCCAUUUUGAAACCGAAGAAGCUGCCAACAAGUCCAUUGAAAAAGUAAAUGGCAUGUUAUUGAAUGAAAAGAAAGUGUACGUUGGAAGAUUUAUUCCACGUAAAGAAAGAGAAAAGGAACUUGGAGAAAAAGCAAAACUGUUCACCAAUGUUUACGUUAAGAACUUUGGCGAAGAACUGACUGAGGAACAGUUGAAACAGAUGUUCGAGCAGUUUGGGGCAAUAACUAGUUACAAAAUAAUGAGCAAAGAUGAUGGAAAGUCGAAGGGAUUUGGAUUUGUUGCUUUUGAGACACCAGAAGCUGCUGAAGCCGCUGUUGAGUCUUUAAAUGGCAAGGAAUUAGUCGAAGGAAAAUUACUCUAUGUAGGAAGGGCUCAGAAGAAAGCAGAGCGUCAGCAAGAGCUCAAGCGAAAAUUCGAAGCGUUAAAAUUAGAAAGACUGAAUCGCUACCAAGGCGUUAAUUUAUAUGUCAAAAACCUUGACGAUACCAUCGAUGAUGAGAGACUUCGCAAAGAAUUUUCGCCUUUCGGUACGAUCACUUCUGCUAAGGUGAUGAUGGAGGAGGGCAGAAGCAAAGGUUUUGGCUUUGUAUGCUUUUCCUCUCCUGAAGAGGCAACUAAAGCUGUUACUGAGAUGAACGGCAGAAUUGUCGGAACCAAACCCCUAUAUGUGGCACUUGCACAAAGGAAAGAAGAUCGCAAGGCUCAUUUAACAUCACAAUACAUGCAGCGUAUGGCAAAUAUUCGUAUGCACCAAAUUGGCCCUUACAUGCAACCAGGGCAAGGUGCCUACUAUGUACCAACCAUGUCCGCUCCACCUCAAAGAUUCUAUGGUGCAGCACAAGUGGCCCCAAUAAGAAGCGGUCCAAGGUGGCCAGCUCAGGCCGCACAGGUCAGACCAGGCUCUCAAGGCGCAGCUGCUGCUUACUCCAACAUGCAGCAGAAUGUAUAUAGAGCCGCUGCCAGACCUCCAAACCAGUCUGCAGCCAUGCGGAAUAGUAUAAGCAAUAUGCCACGUCCUCUCACUGGACAGCAACCACCGAACAUUCAAGGAAGGCCAAUUGGAGGACAAGGAGUGGUCCCAGCUACAGCCAACCGGCCAUCCACUUACAAAUACACACCGAACAUGCGUAACCCACCUCAGGGACUUGGAAUGACUAAUGCUGCUCCUGUACAGCAAGCAGUACAUAUACAAGGUCAAGAACCCCUCACCGCCACCAUGUUGGCAGGAGCCACACCGCAAGAACAGAAGCAAAUGCUUGGAGAACGUUUAUUCCCUCUUAUCGAACGCAUGUACUCGAACCUUGCUGGCAAAAUCACCGGCAUGUUAUUAGAAAUUGACAACUCUGAAUUGUUGCACAUGUUGGAACAUAACGAGUCCCUGAAGGCUAAAGUUGAAGAAGCUGUUGCUGUCUUGCAAGCUCAUCAAGCCAAGCAGCAAAUCAAAAAAGAGUAAAACUUUUGAAAACUCUAAAAAAAAUUGCAAAAAAGUCCAAACAACCAAAAGCGUAAAUUAUUAGAGAGCAACUUAUUAACUGUAAGCUCAUAUCUCAUGCUAUUUGUUUUUGGAUUCUGGUGGUAAAUUUAACUAUUCCAAUAUUCAUACUUUUCUUGAUAUUUCCUUAUUUUAAUUAACUAUGAUGCCUAUAAUUCAUUAUAUUGUAUCUCUGUUUUAAUGAUUUUGGUUUAACGGACAUUUUUUCUGGGAAAUAAAAUUUUGAAAAAUGUAA